GCACCACUGGAGCCGGUUUUUUCAGGGGCCGGAACAAUCCGGAACAAUGCCCUGGGCGCGGAGUCGGAGAACAAGCCGCCUCUGUUGCCAGCAUCCUUGCGCCCAGGGCGAGACCUGAGAACCCAGGGUGAGCCCCUAGCAGGUGACUCAGGUGGCGUGACGUGUCCCGCGUCACCACCCCUACCCCCACCGCGGGAACCCGUCCGCGGCCGCGCCGGCUCUGUAGGCCACUGGGCGAGGGAGCCCCGAGGCCCUCAGGGAGUGGGUCCCGGGCGCAGCGGCCGCACAGCCAAUCCCUGGGAAGGAGGGCGUGGCUAUCCCGGUCCCGCGGAUCCCUCCGCCCGCACUGGCUGUGCUGAGGCCGAAGGAGCCGCCAUUUUGGAUGCUGCGCCUGCCUUGUCAAGUCCGUCUCUGCCUUUUUCACGCCUUGGUUCGGCCAGGAGGAACAGCACAGCAUGCUGGGCUCUGGAUUUAAAGCUGAACGUUUACGAGUCAAUUUGAGAUUAGUCAUAAACCGUCUUAAACUAUUGGAGAAAAAAAAAACGGAACUGGCCCAGAAAGCGAGGAAAGAGAUUGCUGACUAUCUGGCUGCCGGCAAGGAUGAACGAGCUCGGAUCCGAGUGGAGCACAUUAUCCGAGAAGACUACCUCGUGGAGGCCAUGGAGAUCCUGGAGCUGUACUGUGACCUGCUGCUGGCUCGGUUUGGCCUCGUCCAGUCUAUGAAGGAGCUAGAUUCUGGUCUGGCUGAAUCUGUGUCUACACUGAUCUGGGCUGCUCCUCGACUCCAAUCAGAAGUGGCUGAGUUGAAGAUAGUUGCUGAUCAGCUCUGUGCCAAGUAUAGCAAGGAAUAUGGCAAGUUAUGUAGGACCAAUCAGAUUGGAACUGUGAAUGACAGGCUAAUGCACAAACUGAGUGUGGAAGCCCCACCCAAAAUCCUGGUGGAGAGAUACCUGAUUGAAAUUGCCAAGAACUACAACGUGCCCUAUGAGCCUGACUCUGUGGUCAUGGCAGAAGCUCCUCCUGGGGUAGAGACAGAUCUUAUUGAUGUUGGAUUCACAGAUGAUGUGAAGAAAGGGGGCCCUGGAAGAGGAGGAGGGGGGUUCACAGCACCAGUUGGUGGACCUGAUGGAACAGUGCCAAUGCCUAUGCCCAUGCCCAUGCCGUCUCCAAAUACUCCUUUCUCAUACCCACUUCCAAAGGGACCAUCGGAUUUCAAUGGAUUGCCAGUGGGGACUUAUCAGGCCUUUCCCAAUAUUCAUCCACCUCAGAUACCAGCAACUCCCCCAUCGUAUGAAUCUGUUGAUGACAUUAAUGCUGAUAAGAAUGUCUCUUCUGCACAGAUUGUCGGUCCUGGACCCAAGCCAGAAGCCUCUACAAAGCCCCCUCCCAGACCUGUAGAUACCUACGACAACUUCGUACUGCCAGAGUUGCCAUCUGUGCCAGACACACUACCAACUGCAUCUGCUGGUGCCAACACCUCAGCAUCUGAGGAUAUUGACUUUGAUGAUCUUUCCCGGAGAUUUGAAGAGUUGAAAAAGAAAACAUAGGCCUCUCAAACCAGGCAACAUCCAAGUUCUGGGAGUUGAGACUGAGCAGUUUCUCCUUGUAACAAAGAAUCUCCAUGAAAUUGUUUCAUCUAUUAAUCAUGACUGAGCACACUCUUCCUCUGGGCUCUCUUCCUGUUCUACCAAAUUCUGCUGCUUUCCAGUUCUCUACUGCUCCUAGGAGACUAACGACUGGAGACACUAUGAGGCCGGAGCAUCUGGCUCCUGGCAGCUGAGCUUGUCCGUUUCUUGUCAGUGUGAUCCCAGGUUCUCCUCACCCAUCCCACCCUCCUUCCACAGGGGAGUGAGAAGGUGAAAGCAGGUAGGGAGAGCUGCCAAAGAUGACUGGACAGUGGUAGAGAGUACUUCAUGAAGUGUCUCAGCCCUGUGCUAAGGUUCUAGACUUAGAAAUAAACCCUCUGUACAGAGGCAUUUGUGGUGAGUGAGAAUGAAGGCCAAGGUGUGUAUUUUCUCACUCUGAUGUGAAUGGGAGAGAGAGAAAUGACUCAGGAAGCCAUUGUAAUCGUUCUUGGAAGCUGGGUCGGUCCUCUCAUUGGCAUAUACACUACUCCUUGCUGCAGGGCACUGUUCCACCUGGAUCCAGUUACAAAGUUUAUUUGGAAAGUUGAAGGCCUCUCUUAGUUCUACUGGAUUCUCAGGGAGCCCUCUGUGGCCUUUUGCUUUAUUCUGAGUGCUGUUUCCCUUUUACCAGAGGGCAGCACUAUGUAACUUCCUGUUUUUCCCCAUAGCAUGUUCUGUUCGAUGGCAUUACUGGCAAAGGAAGGACAGGCCACAUAUUGGGCAGAAGUCACCAUUCAAGGCUAAGGUGGGCUUCCAGUUGCCUUAAUAGAAGUACUCAAGUCAAGAUCUUGAGUAGUGAGCUGGAAAGCCUACAGGAGAAGAAGGUUUCCUCUUUUCAUUUGAAAACUUUAUGAUUAAGAGAACCUUUAAAACUGAUCUCAGAUAAACUCUUGGUGCCCAUUGGCUGCAGUUUGCUGCUUUCCUUGAUGGAUGAGACUCUAAACUGUUGUAACUUAUGUGCUGUUUUGCCCCCUAGCUAAGGCCAUCCUUGCCCACAGGGAUGGCUUUGAGGUCGGAACAUAGGACUUUGGCUUCUGUGUAGUGCAUCUGUACAUACCUAUUUCAAGCAACUUUUCUUUAAUGUUUUUGAUUGGUUUGUAUCAUAGCUCAGUAGGUGAUAAUAAAGUUAAUUCUGUGCCCUG